AUGGCCCUUCACCGUGGGAAUUCCUGGGUCCAAAAGAAUCUUGUAAGGAGCCCAAAGCUUGCACACUUUGAACUUUGUGCCUGUCUUUUUGGGGAAAAUUUUACAAAGCAGAUAAUGCAAACUGUUCACAGUCUAGUCUUUGCAGCAUUUAUUUCAGCAUUUAUUUAUCUUUGCAAAAUAUCCUCAGCAAAAGUAAAAAAUAAAUAAAAAAAUGUCAGAUCCCUGCCCUGAGAGUCUUGCAGUCAGAGUCUUGCAGGGUGUCGAGACAAAAAGGAUGGUGGGAAAGGGAGAGGCAAUAUUAACAUGAGCUGGAUCACUGAGUGCAAUCCUAUACAUAGUAGUAGUAGUAGUAGUAGUAGUAGUAGUAGUAGUAUACCACCUUUCAUCCAAAGAUCACAGGGUGGUUCACAACAGAAAAAUACAAAAUAUUUUUUUCAAUUAUAUUUUAUUAAGUUUCAACAUUUUGAACAUAUAGAGUCAAAACACAAUUUCAUCUUUUCUCUUAUUUUUGUUGACUUCCCACCCCCUUUUCUAUGAAUUUGUUGUUUCUCACUUCCUGCACUGUAUCUUCUAUCAAAUCAUAGCCACGAUAUUAUAAUCUAGUUACUUCUGUUGCUAUUAAGUAUGCAAAACACUUAAUAGAUGUGGCAAGGCAGGCAGGUGGGGCUUGAGCGAGGGCAGGCUGAGAUUGGUGGGGCUGUGGCCCUUUCGUCCAUACGGACCACCCUCCACUACAUUAAAGGAUGAAGGUGGUUGCAUAGCAUUUGCUAAUGAAUAAAAGAAACCCCAAUGUCUUUUCAAUCUUCUUCUUCCCUAACAGAUCAGUCCAAACAGUUUGUCGUGGAGUCUCUCUACAUCAUCAGCUGCUACGGUACUUUGGUGGAGCAUGUGCUGGAACCGCGGCCCCUCAGCACUGCCCCAAAGAUAAGCGACGACACCCCACUGGAAAUGGUGACUUGUCCAAGGGCCAGCUGGACGCUCGUUAGGUAGUCUUCCCUUUCCUAACUUCUGCUCUUGCUUCAUUUUGUGCUUGCGGUUAGAGGUUCUUCUUCUCGGGUCCGAUUCGGAACUUCCAGCCUCCAGGGGAUCCAGUUCCAGGGCGUUCCACAGUUUUAAUCACAGGUGGAGGUGUCAGAGCAAAAUGUAUGUGGGAAUUCCCUUUUCAUGCAACACACAUUCCACAAGAAAAAAAACUGCAGUCAGGGUAAAUUGUCUACUGAACUAGACAGACCCAAUGGUCUGACUCAGUAUAAGGCAACUUCUUAUGUUUUUAUGUUCCCAAUUACAACAUAUAUAUUGCCGCUGUUGGAAUAGCUCAGUCGGUAGAGCAUGAGGCUCUUAAACACAAGGUUGUGGGUUCGAGCCCCAAGUUGGACAAAAGAUUCCUGCAUUGCAGAGGGUUGGACUAGAUCAGUGGUUCCCAACCUUUUUUUUGGCCAUGCCCCACCUAAGCAUCUCUAAAAUCCUGACACACACACCCCCCCGGUGACAUAUAAGUCUUAUUAUCCAAAAAGUGAACUAUUCAUGUGGAGGAAGCCUAAAAGGCCAUUAACUUGGUCUAACUCAUUCUCAAAUUGCCCCCCUCCAAAAAAAUCAAAUUGCCCCCCUGUGGGGUGUGUGCCCCACGUUGGGAACCACGGGACUAGAUGAUCCUCGUGGUCUGUUUCAACUCUGCAAUUCUUUGAUUUUAUAUGGGGAUCUGGAGUCUACUCAUGUUGGUGUGUACUCUGAGCUUAACUAUAAUAAUGAUAGUCAAUUGUUCUGCAUCAAGUUCACCUGAAAUCUGUGCAAAGCGAUGACAUCUUCUGCCCUGUUCCAGCCUAACUGGGAAAAUAGAGUGGAAGGAGGCAGACAGAUUGGCCCCACAGAAAGGUCCCUUGGGCCUGAUCAAGCCCAGGGGCUGCCAACUCAGCCCUCCGCAGCCUGCAGCGAGCGACUAGACCAAUUGUCUUAUGCAGGUCUUCCAAGCGGGUGUGUUCUGAAGGCUAUUUAAAGAAAUUAGCCAUGACUUACCGAAUAAAACCAAAGGAGGAUUGCUGAGAAAAUAUUGUCGGUGCUUUUGACAUUUUAAAAUAUUUUUCAAUUGAUUUUCUUUUCUUUUUUUCCUGUUUGGUAGGCUCCAAUCUUCUUCAGUGCUGGCUUAUUCCUGGCUUAGACUAAUCAAUACAUGAUUUGCCAAGCAAUUGAAGAGAGGCCAGCCCUGAUUAAAAUGACAACACUGUCUUUCUUUCUUUCUUUCUUUCCCAGGGCCAUUAUUGUCAAAACAAGCAACUUGUAAUGGCAUUGUGAAUUCUAGCCGGAUCAAUAUUCUGUAACUUUGCACAACUUCUUUUUCACAGAUCCUUAGUUCUUGCAGUGUCAUAUGAUACAUCAAUGCCCUGGGUUAGGAUCAGGUCAGGCCUAAGCAAUGAGUUAUGAGAAGUUGCACAAAAGUGGCAAACCCACAUCCCCCAGAAACAUGCUUUUAAAAAACCCUUGCUGGGUUUCUGUGGCGGCCAGUGAAGGGGAAAGUAGAAAAAUAUGUUAAUUCAGUGACUUCAUGUCACACAUUUAUCCAAGUAAGCAUUUCGUUUAAAAAGUCUUAAUUCAUCAGCAUUUUAGUUUGAGUUUCUUCUAAUGUCCACAUUUCUCUAUGCAAUUUUGCCCAUUGUAUCCAUUUUUGCAAAACAAGAUUCCAUAACAUAAUGCAUUUUUUGCAUGUUCUUUUCACAGAUAUAUGCAUCUUUAUGCACACUUAGCCCUAGAGUAUGUGAGUAUGAGACUGAAGAACUGAACUACAAAAUUCAGAGUAGUGUGAAUUUUGAAGGAUGGCUGUGUUUGCAUAUUGUUUCAGAAAGUGCAAAAUUGAUGGGUUUUUCUGUAAACAUGGACCGAAUUGGAUUUCUUCCCCACCCUUAACUAGACCACUGGUUCAUCUAGACAGGGGUCUCCUCAGACUAACAGCAUCUCUCCACUUUUCGAAACAAUAUGCAAACUGAAACGCUUGCCAUACUUAGAAAUCCACACUUCUCCAUAUUUUGCUGUGCUGUUCUCCAGCCAAAUAAUGUGUACCAAAAAUGCAUAUACUAGAGCAGGUGUCUUCAAACUUUUCAGACCUGGGACUUUCAACCCAAACAUACAUUUAGGACCCCUUUCUGAAUCUUUCACCAUACGUGCUCCUGUUGCAACCCACCUUGGAUCAGGCUGCAGCCCACUGCUGGGUCCUGACCCACCGCCUGAGAACCAGUGUCCUCAAGGCAAAGUUUGUAUAUAAACACAUACAUUACUGAAAAUAGCAUACAAAAACAAAUUACACAAGGAAAAUUGCAAAUUUGUAUAUUAUGCAAAAUUGCAUAUAAAGAUGUGUGUAGUAGGAGAAAUCCACACUCAGAUCAUGAGGACUUGUUUCUUUUAAAAAGAAAUUCACAGAACUAAUGUGAAAGUGCGGACAAAUGCAGUUAAGGGGGGGGGGAAUGAGAAACAGAAAAAUUGAAAUGGACAGGUUCAGCUAUCCCUAGUUCCAUAGCUCAGUAGUCCCCUUGGGUUUCAGGUGGCAAGAGUUCUUUCCCAUCACCUGCUGCCUGUUUGCUGUGAGCCCCCAAGCCAGUUUCAUACUGACGUUCGAUAGACAAAUAAUCUGACCUGGUGGAAGUCAGCUCCCCCUGUUCCUAAAUUGAUCUCUGUGUCAGAAAGAGUAAUGUAUGAAGCAUGCGUGUUUUCACAACUUCCCUUCAGGUUGGGCCACUCCUCACCCCUUUCCCAUCUGUGUGUGUGUGUGUGUGUGUGUGUGUGUGUGUAAUAUUCUGUGCUUGUACGAAACGACUUUAAAUAAUUAUAAACACUGCACUCUCUUGCAUAAAUAAUCGGAUGCGAUGACACAGAUGCUGAUUUUUCUUCCAGCUUAAAUAUUAAUACUCUUUCGUGUUGCUUCCGCAGAACUCCCCAGUGGACUGAACUGCAGCCGCCCUUUAACUUGAAUCAUCCGCUGCUCCUGGCCGCAGAUUCCGUGCAGUGCUACCAGUAUCUGCUCGUUGGCUGUAAGUAACUUGGAAAACUCUCCCCUCUGGAAGCUGACCGUGUGGCUCUUUGUUUGGGAAAGGAGAAACAAAUCCUUGGGAACUGAAACCUUUGUAGUUGCAACAGCUCCUCUCUCUGGCGUCAAUAACCCUUGCGGCACUUUCAGGGUGUUCUGCACCCCCACAAAGGAUUCAAAUUAUAUGCAUGCUUAUUCCCUCACUGGUGUCACUUCAUACUCGCACGUAGUCUUAGACAACAGAAAUGGGGAAACCUUUCUCACCCCAGGACCUGCAUUUCCUUAUGGGUGACAUUCUAGGUGUUGGGGUGCCCAGGGAGGAAGGGGCCAGGGAGAGAAGUGGGUGGUGCAACAGAUGUGCUACUUAUCUUUAUAUGUUGUUGUUUAGUCGUUUAGUCGUGUCCAGCUCUUCGUGACCCCAUGGACCAGAGCACGUCAGGCACUCCCGUCUUCCACUGCCUCCCACAGUUUGGUCAAACUCAUGCUGGUAGCUUCGAGAACACUGUCCAACCAUCUCGUCCUCUGUCGUCCCCUUCUCCUUGUGCCCUCCAUCUUUCCCAACAUCAGGGGCUUUUCCAGGGAGUCUUCUCUUCUCAUGAGGAGGCCAAAGUGUUGGAGCCUCAGCUUCAUGAUCUGUCCUUCCAGCGAGCACUUAGGGCUGAUUUCCUUAAGAAUGGAGAGGUUUGAUCUUCUUGCAGUCCAUGGGACUCUCAAGAGUUUCCUCCAACACCAUAAUUCAAAAGCAUCAAUUCUUCAGCGAUCAGCCUUCUUUAUGGUCCAGCUCUCACUUCCAUACAUCACUACUGGGGAAACCAUAGCUUUAACUAUACGGACCUUUGUUGGCAAGGUGAUGUCUCUGCUUUUUAAGAUGCUGUCUAGGUUUGUCAUUGCUUUCCUCCCAAGAAGCAGGCGUCUUUUAAUUUUGUGACUGGUGUCACCAUCUGCAGUGAUCAUGAAGCCCAAGAAAGUAAAAUCUCUCACUGCCUCCAUUUCUUCCCCUUCUAUUUGCCAGGAGGUGAUGGGCCCAGUGGCCAUGAUCUUCGUUUUUUUUAUGUUGAGCUUCAGACCAUAUUUUGCGCUCUAUCUUUAUAUAGUAGGGUGCAUUCCAGCAACGCAAUAGUAAGAGGCUUCUACACCACAACACACCUCUCCAUCCCUCAUCCAGGCAAGCAAGAGGCAGCAGUCACAGUUUAAGGACACCUUCUGGCUAGGCAAAAGCAUGCGAGGAGUGUCUUUAGCAGGGUUUUUGAGGGGUGGUAGGGGAAAUUCCUGAGGGCCAGACACAGAGGUCUGAUGGGUCUCCUUCAUCUCCAAGGCUUGGAAUUCCCCACUCAUCCUACAUUAAAGGGGUUGAUUAUUCUGUAUUAUUUCAGGGGGAGAGGGUUAGACCCCAUUUACAAUGAGUGUGUGAAAUAGUGCUUGUCCCACCCUGCACCAAUUGCUACCUGGCAGCAGCAGCAGAGGAGAGGAGAGCAGGGCCAUUUCGUUGGUGCAACUUUUGGCUCUGCCUCUCCCCGAACUCUUUUUGCACCCUAGCAGAUCACUAGAAAAACCUACGACUAGGAGUUUGUACCUGAGUUUGCUUAUUUCCUCCUUCCUCCCUAUCCAUUUUCCUUUUGUGUCGUGUCUGUUCAGAUUGUAAGCCUGGGAUCAGGGGAUCCUGUGUUUAUAUAGCUCGGGUCACCUUUUGGGUGCCGAGAUCAGCAGCGGGGGCCGUCAGAAGGGCAAGGAAUGGGAACCAGGAAGGGGCUUUCUCUGAGCCAGCCCCUAACUGGUUGAAUUCCCUCCCCACAAAGGUGGACCUAGCACCAUCAGUCUGCAUUUUCCGCCAUAUGCUGAAAAUAUGCCUCUUUACCCUGCCCUUUGACAUAUGAUUUUAUAUAUAGACAGGACUUGCUCGGUGCUUGGAGUGAUACAGCUGCAGGGAUCUUCUUACAUACCUAUCCACUGGUAGAUCUCUGGUGGAUCAGCAAGAAUUUCUGACUUCCAAUUCUAUAACAAUAGCAACAACAUUUUGAGCAGUUUUUGUUUUUUUAAGAUAAAGAGGCUCAAUAGUCUGUAGUCCCCGUCCCCCCACAAAAAGAACACAGAAAAAACCAUGGAGAAGUAACUGAAGACUUGGAUCAAUUCCAGUAAGAAAAGGGAGCCUCCACAUUGAGUUAGCUAGUUCCACAGGUUCUAGAUCUCAAGGAGGUUUAGAAAAGGCUACAAUUUGCUUGAGACAGUAUGGAAUGCGAAUGGAUGCACUGAGUUAUGUUACUGUAUUUUGCUUGUUGCUGAUCUUAACCUUCCAAGGGCCCUGGUGGUCAUAUGGGAAAACAUGCUCCCUCUAGGAAUUAGAACUCAGACUGCUGAGACCUCGUAAGCUGAUUGCGUAGACAUUUUAGCAGCAGUUUACGGCAAAGCCACAGCCUAUUUUUGCACACUUUUAAUAGUGCCUUUCUGUUUACUGUCAACCUUAACCAUUUUGCCAAUGAAGUCCCCUUUUAAAACCCCAUCCAGCCCUUCAGAUGACUGAGUUUUCAUGUUGUUGUGUGUUCUUUCACUCUCUUGGGAACUCUUGGCUUGAGAUGUGCAAAUUUCAUCUUGCCCUCUCAGACGCUAAUUUGUGCGUGAAAACUGAAAAAGUGGAGACUCUAAUUUAAUAUCUCUACAUCCCAGGCAGCAAAGUGGAAGCGCUUAAUCCAAUCGGCUUGGUUGAUGGCAAGCCUCCCGUCGUAAUAUUCUAUGGUAUCGGGUAGACGUCUUGGCCCUAUCUGGCGCAGGUUGCUAUGGGGAGGAGGGCUAGGCUUGUAAAUUAAUCUUGCUCUUAAAGGGAGAAGGAAAACAAUCAUCAUAAAGAAGCCGAAAUGUUUCUGUGUAGGAGAAGAAAAGACCAAAGGCCAGAAGGAUGCAGCUUGGCCAUGUUCCUAGGAAUUGUAAACAUCCUCUCACCCUUUAAGGUGGGAAAAGAGCAGUGAAGUUUUGCAUAAAAUAUGCAUAGAUGCAAUAUAUAGUCCUACUCAGACUAAGUUAGGUUCAUUAAUUUCAGUGAGUCUACUCUGAGUAGCUUUCUCCUGCUUCUUAGUCUUUGUGCUGCCUCUUGUAGAAGCAAUGCUUUUUUCACUCAGAGGGCAGUGGAGCACAGUUCUGGCACCUCUCAGGUGGGCGCCAUUGUGGGCCACCACCCCCCCGGUCUCUUGCCUUUACAUAUUUCUGAGAAGCCCAAAACAAAUAUUUCAAGUCAAAACAGAAGCUGGCCAGUGUGUGCAAGUCUACAUUUUUUUUUAGAUCUACGGCUCCACCUAGCUCCUAGCCAGUCCUAGCCCCAAUUGGUCAAGCUAUGGGGCCCAAAUUGUAUUCCCUUUUUUCAAUCCGUCUCCCACGUAGCGGCAGCAGGCUUUAAGCUUUCCAGCAAGGCCUCUACCAUUGCACACACAUGCAAUUGCCCAAGCUUCCAAGCUGCCCUGGCCGUCUGCCUGAAUCUAAGAGAACAAGGGAGAUGGGGCCGCAUUUAUUUGACCUGCACCAGAACCAGGGGUGGCCCCCAAACCACCUUGGGAGAGAACUUGCCAUAGCCUUUAGCACCUCCACAGGUGGUGAACGCAGCUAUUGUCAAACCGGAAUCUGUGCAGGGCUGCCCUGAGUUGCCUGGCAACUUACUGUAACAAUUUCAUGGUGAGUUCUGGCACCUAAGACUUUUAGAGUCAGCUGUUAGGGUUGGCAUAAAACAUCCACCACCAGUUUCAAAGGACCAGCUUGCAAUUUCGAGUCAGAACUUUCUUGUCGUCUUGAUUGACACCCCUGUUUUGUCAAGACCCUGCCUGGAUGCCCAGCAGUGGCUGCAUUUGAGCAAAGAGGCAACACCCGCACACCCGCACUGGCUUCAUGUGUGCCAUUUUCAACUCCUUCCUCCAUCGUUUAUUUUCCUUCCCCUUCCCUGCCGCUGCCCCACCACACAGUAGUCAUUUGUCAAAAGAAUGUAUGUUCCCACAACGGACCUCCAUGAAUGGCGCCUUUCAUGAGGGAUGGGGACCUCCCAAAGAAAGGUGACCAAACCCCACCAUCUCAUAGCGGGAUCGAUGUGCCGAAACAAGGCUUUGCUAAAUUGCUGCCUGUGGCUGUGCUUAUUUUGCCUAAUGCUUUCCAUCUUUCGAACCAAAAUAAUUCCUUAGUUCCUAACCAGCUUUCUUUUGAGUCUUCCAAGGAAACUCCAUCAGGGCCAAAGUUGUUUAAUAGUAAUAAUAUUCAGCAUUCGUAGUCGUUCUUUUCGAAUGUGCAAAGCAAUGCACACAGGCUGUCUCGGUAAUCCUUCAAACAGGGAUAGCUCAGUCGGUAGAGUGUGAGGCUCUUGAUCUCUGGCUCGUAGGGGUUCCAAUGCAUAUUAUGGAGCUCCGCUCAAAAUUACAACUAAACAUCAGGAAGAACUAUUUGACAGUAAGAGCUGUUUGACAGUGGGAUGGAGUUGGGAGGUUGUGGACCAGGCAUAGGCAAACUCGGCCCUCCAUAUGUUUUAGGACUACAACUCCCAUCAUCCCUGACCACUGGUCCUGUUAGCUAGGGAUGAUGGGAGUUGUAGUCCCAAAACAUCUGGAGGUCCAAGUUUGCCUAUGCCUGUUGUGGACUCUUCUCCAUUGGAGGUUUUUGUGCAGAGAUUAAAUGGCCAUCUGGAUGCUUUAGUUGAGAUCCUUGCAUUGCAGGGGGUUGAACUAGAUGACCCUUGGGAUCCCUUCAAACUCUACCCUUACAUGAUUCUGAAUCCCCUUGCCUCAUCUUAGUUCUGCAAUGCCAUUGCCUCAGACACCGUGUCGGGUGGUGCUUGGCACAGAAGUCUGUGCUUUGAUUUUAGAACACUGUUGUUCCAAAAUAGCCCUGAAUGUAAAAAAAUAAAUAUAACCGUAGUAAUCCUUCAGUUUUGCUCUUGAAAAGAAGCAAUGAAACCCCCACAUGGAAAACACACUCUUGAUAUAUGGCCAUAGGAAUCAGUUAUGCCACAUUAUGAACUUCCUGGGCUAUUAGAUCCCAUUAAAUACAAGAAGAUGGCAGAAGCCGAGAGCAGGAACCCUACCUGAGCUUGCUUCUACUCUUCCCCCCUUAGGGAAAUAUCUGUUAAGACACAAAUGCUCUGCUUACCUGCAGGAGCAAAUGUAAUGGUCUCACAUUAGCCGUGGCGGCCUGCGGUUUGAUGCGCUAUCGCUUCCGUCAGUAUGUUUAAUUGCCAGCAAAUGGCUAAAUGGGAAGUUGGGGGGUGAAUGGCCGCGGCUGUCUGCCAUGUGAGCGGUAAAAGGGAUUCUGGCGCCAUUUCAGGGUCGCGAUUUGUAUCUGUCUAUCAGAGCUCAGAAUGCAGGCCGUUUUCUCUUGGUUUCAGACCCUCUGUAUAGCAUUUCUGCCAAUUGUUUGGCUCCAUUAAGUGUGCGGCAGUGGAGCAGGGAGGCGGGUGUGUUGGGGGGAGGAGAGGAAUAAAAGCUUGAAUGGUCCGAGCCGCAAGGGGCUACGGAUAAGCCCUUUCUUUGUCCGGAGCUCGGAACACUGCAUUAGGUCUCAUUAUCCAUUUAUAAUAAGUGACCUUUGCCCCCCGAGGUCAUUGAAGAAAUACUCUGUGUGCUUUGCUAACAGAAGGUACCCCUCGAUCAGCCGACAGACGCAACAAUGAACCGUCUGAUAGUCUGGUCGCACAGGGUAUACUUUUGGGGCGGCGGGGGAGGCGAAAGGUUUAUAAAUAUACAGCUUGAUGCCAAAGCCUCCUCUCCCAUCGCUUUAAUCUUUUUUGGACAAUUCACGGGCAGCCAGGGGAAGGACUCAGCUCCUCGAGAGGGAGAAUGUAUUUGUACAUUUUAUUUUAACCUACACACACGCUGCUUGAAUUUAGCUACGGGUGACCUUUACACUGAUACUAGUGAAUGGUUUUAUUUAUUUAUUUAGAUUUUAAAAUAAAUAAAUUGCAACAGCAGCAUCGAACAGCUGGAACAAGGACAGUGUUGUCCGGAUGGAGCAAGUGUCCAAAGUGGUUCUGGAGGGUGGGGUGAAGUGGGCUUGUAAUCAGACUCACAGACCUGUGUGAUUUCGGGGUGGGGGAAUGAUUGGUAACAUCUGCUGCAGAAACCUGAAGGCAGAAUUCUCAUAUUGUGACCUACCUGGGGAUAAUAAAGAGUAUUUUUUUAACACACACACACACUUCUGCUCAAGGCUAUUCUAGGAACACUGGAAGUUGCCUUAUACUUUGUCAGAUCUUUUCUCCACCUGACUCAGUAUUGUCUGCACUGACCGGCAGCAGCUUUCCAGGGUUUUGAGAGGGGAUGUUCCCAGCUCUAAUGGGAUGUGCCAGGGAUUGAACCUGGGGCCUUUGGCAUGCAAAGCUGAUGCACUACCCCUGAGCUGACUGUCUUGGCUAGUCCCCUAUACUGUGUACAAUACAAUUUGAAUCUUGACAUACCAUAAGAACAAAGGAAACUUCUUUUUAUAUCAGUUCCGAGUUUUUGCCCAUCAAGCCUGGUAUGGUCUACACAGGCUAGCAGCAGCAGUUCUCAAGGAUCUCAGGCGCAGAAGGGACUAGCCCAUCUAUUGUUACAUGAUCAUGCUUUCUUACUUACAAAAACUAACAAACAAACUGGAGAUGUGGGGGACUCGACCUGGAUCUUUUUGUAUACCAAGUAUGUGCUCCAUCCCUGAUCUAAAGCAACACUUAUAUUCAGUGCAGUGUAGUGCAGGGAUAGUGAAUGUGGUACGCUUCAGACACUGUUAGACUGCAAGUCUCAUCAUCCUUGACCAUUGGACUUGGGCUGAUGGGAAUUGGAGUCCAGCCAUGUUGACUACCUCUGGUAUAGUGGGUGAAGGAUGUGAAUGUGGAACCUGUGGUCCUCCUGAUAAUGUUGGACUCCAGCUCUCAUCAUCCUUAACCAUUGCCUGUGCUGACUGGGGCUGAUGGGAGUUGUAGUCCAACAACAGUGUUCUUCAACCCUGGAUCAGAUAUUGUGGGACUACAACUCCCAUCACCCUUGACCAUUGGCCAUGCUAACUUGGGACUGAAGGGAGUCCAACAUUUUCUGGAGGGCCACAGAUUCUUUUUUCCACAGUUAAUGGGUUUUCCCGAGCAUACUGGCACCUUGAUGUGCACCCAGAUACACAGUAACUUACUUCCCCUAACCCCAUUAUACAAGUAUAAGAGCAACAAACUUUAGAUCAUGCGUUGGGUUCUUCCCCCACCCCACUCCAUUUCCCAUAAUCAUGUCAUAUGGAAAGGGCACCUUCUGUUUACGGGCAUUCUUCUUGGUCAGAUAUAUAAAAUUUAUGGGAAAAGGCCUACAGAAAUUAGGAGGAGGCUGAUGGCAAGAAUUAAUAUAUUAACUGGUCUGCAACAUUCUUUGACAAAUUGCUUACUAAAUACAUCAAAAUUGAUUGGCCGCUGUGUGUUUUUUGAAUUGACAAAUGAGUGCAUUAAAGGAAGGAGAGAAAUCUAUUAAUUACAGCUGCCCUCGACCGUAGGAAAUGUAAUGAUAUAAAUAUAGAUUUUGUUAAAACAAACAAACAAAAAACUAACCCCCAUCACCCCCUGACUUUUGCUGUAGGGUUUGCUGGUAAGCUUACACGACAUAUCUUCACUAUUAAAUCUCUGCUGGGAGGUAUUGCAGUGAGCAAUUGAUCUUGAAACAUGUGUGCUGGGUGGGAGCCUUUUUGUUGUGUUAAGAUGUGACACCACGUGCCACAGCAUGGUUGGGUUCAAGCUUUCUACAAGGAUCUCUUUCCACGCUGACCUGUCUACCAUGAAAACAUGAUGAUUUGAAGGGUGGGGCAUAGUCCAGGGUGGUGCUCUUCAACUUGGACCCUUAGAUGUUGGUGGUUUACAACUUCCAUCAUCCAUUGGCUAAGCUGGCUGGGCAUCAUGGGAGUUGUAGUCAAGCAACACCUGGAAGCCACAGAUUAAAGAACUAAGGUUCUAAGGUUCAGUGAGUUAACAUGGGAGUGUUGGUCAAGCCUAUUGUAAUAGAAUUGUAGAGUUGGAAGGGACCACAAGGAUCAUCUAGUCCGACCCCCUGCAAUGCAGGAAUCUUUUGCCCAACAUGGGGCUCGAGCCUGAGAUUAAGUGUCUCAUGCUCUACCAACUGAGCCAUCCCAGCUUCUUGUAUUCAACCUCCUUUUGCCUAAUGUGAACUGAGAACGGUCCAUAGCUGACAACUGGCAUUCUCUCACAGCUAUGUAUUGUGAAGAAUAUUCUGCCAUGGUGAGCAAGGUAUAUUUCAGGUAACCAUAUCCACCUUUGCACUGAGGAAGAGGUAAGGGGGGGCCUCUUUUCCCCUUGCACCACCUGUCCUCUGAUCUCUCAGCAAACCAGGGGACUUAGGCUCUCUAGGUUAUGAAUGGCCAGUCGACUUUAAUCCCAGCUAAGGUGGCCACUUGCACAUUGCCAGAAAAGGACAAAAGAGAGCACACAUCUCCAUACAUUUUUCAUAUGGGGGGCAGCACAUUGGCUAGACCAGCUUGAAGUUUAAGCCCCACAAUAAUGUGGAAGGAGUAUGGAGAAACACAUGCUGUACUGGUGGCAAUGUUCAGUUUUGCCCUGAAUCUCUAUGGCGUUAUUUGAAGACUAUCCCUAUUUGAACCAAUCCCACCAUCUGCCUCUUCUGUCUAAAUAGUAGCUGUGCUUUUACAAUAAGAAACUGAUGGUGCUUUAUCCACAUUUCAACAUUUUGUAACUUCUGGUAAACAACAGAGCAAUGUAUAUACAUUGCCUUGUGUUGUCCAAGCAGAAAGUUAAAUAUUCAUAUUGUCUCGGUUCUUCCUUUCGAUGUCAUUUUUUUAAAGCUUGCUAUGAAAUGUUACCUCUAGUGAGUUUUGCUUUUGCUUCCCAGAAUUAGACUUGGUUUAGAUACAGUAAUUAAGCCAGGCAUCAUCGUUGUCAAGAUGACUUAGCAGUCAACAUGAGCUAAUUGAAAGCCCGACUUGUUACUUUCUGGGCUAGAUUUUAGUUCUCCUGCAUAUAAUGACCUUAGAAUCCUUAGAAAACUAUAGGGUUUAUUUGCUCAACACAAACUUAGCAGCAGAGGAGUUAAGAGUAAACACAAUGAAAUUAAUGGACCCAAGUCAGUCGUGUCCAUUAUUUUCACUGGGGCUACUCUAGGCAGGACUAGCACUGAAUACAACCCAGAGUCAGUUGCUCUAAUUUCACACUUGGAAAUAUGUGGUGACCUGAACUGGUGAGUCAGUGAACAUUGGCACCUUUGACUUGUGUCCCUUUGACGUGAUUGCACCAGAUUUUCAGGAACACGUUGCAGUUACAAGUUACGAGAUGGAAGGGAAAGCUGGCUCUCCAAGGGCGAAGUCUUCCUGACCAGAGUUUUAGGGCGUCUCACACCUGUGUCCGCCUAUGUGGCAGUUCUCCUGGGGGAAAUGUUGGGGACCAGCAAGGAGAACAGCACUAGAGUGACCCAAAUAUGUAUUCAGGAAAGGGAAGCACUUUUUGGUGCUCGGGAAAGCUGGCACGAAAUGAAGGAAGUCGCUUUGGCUCAGCACCGUUGGAAACCUUCACCUGCCAAAGAACUUGUAGUUGCAAAGCCCACUUCCAUGGCCCGCUACAGAAGGUACACAGCCUGCAGAAGGCCCCAGGGUCAACCCCCAGCACCUCCUGGUACGGCAGGGAGAGAGCCCCCUUCCAGAAAUGCUGGAGAGCUGCUGCCAGUCAGUGCAGACAAUACUGAGCUAGGUGGAUUGAUAGUUCGACUCGGUAUAAGUGCAAGUCCCUGUGUUUCACUCUGGUGAAAUCAAAAGCGGUUGUCUCAAUCAAUCAUUUCCCCGCCCCAAACACUUUCUGUGAAACCGAAUGUACGGUGAUUUCAAGGAGCGGAAACCUGGCCCCAUGUCGCUGCCCAAGACUCCUCAUAUUAAGUGGUAAGGUCAUUGCGAUAAGCACUUCCGUGUCUUAACACAACCUUUCGCGAGCCAGCCUGCAUUACCUCUCGUUUACUUGAAAGGCGUUUGUAAGUGGAAACGUCAGCGUCCACGGCCCAUGGGGAAACAAAAAGGAGGGUUCCCCCUCCCUCUCCUUAAGACCUGACUGUGUUGCCCUUUUCCUGAAGACAGAGAGGUUAAGUGGUGAAAGGAAGUACAAAUAAUUCCUUUUGCCGAGCGUAUGACAGAGCAAAAUGAGUAGAAACAGGGCAGGCUUCCGUUCUUCCAUCGAGCCGAACUAUCUCGGACAGGUGGAGCCUCUCUGGGGGCUCAGAAAACGCUCCCCCCCUUGCUCUGUGCAGCCGUUUCAUAAACAGACCCAACCAAGACAUAGUCAUCAACUUGGGACUGUUUAUGCAGAUGUGAGAAAUUUGCUGCGAUCUUUACAUCCCUUUGUGGCUCUGGGUGUGUCCACGUUCGUUGUAUCUCGGUAGUAAACACUGGUCUGUCCCCUGUGUGGCUCUCAAACGCUGGGAGUAGUUCUGAGGGCAGGAGGGGGGGAAUUAAAAUAACUUUCAGAUGCCUACAAACAACAAUAACAUGCUGAAAUGGUUCUUUUUUGCUGCUCUCGCUUGGUCAUCUGGAACUUCUUAAAAAAGAUGGUGGUGGUUGGAGAGCGUUUGGGGAGGGGGAUUUCCAUCAAUGCGGAGAGGUCAGUUUUCAAAGCGGCGUGCGAGGGUUUAGCUGUGCGAGCCCUCCUGACGCUAAUGGGAGUCAAACGGCUAAAUCCCCGCGCUCCGCUUUGAAAAUUUACUACUAAGCCUCUUGACUUCUCACUACAUACUUUGAUUGUAACAGUAAUCCAUGGUUAACAUAAUUUUCCCGACAAUAAUGUCAAACAUACUUUUGAAGUCGGUGAAUUAUAGAAAGAAGUUACCUCUUCCGUAACUCUUUAAAGAUGGCCCCAUCAGGCUGAUUUCACAGUAGGCCCUCGCCCCUGAGUUUAUUCUCCAACACAAGAGAAGAAUGUAUUUGUUGCCGCUGUUUGGAUCUUUGGCUGCAGGCUCUCUGUGCUUGAAAAACCCAACGCUACUCAGCUGCAUGUUGCUCACACAGCCCCAAUCUUAACAGGGGUGCCUUUCACAAGGGAUGCCGUCUGUAUGCCUUUUGUACUAAAUUUGGUCCUGACCUCACAAAUGCUUUUUUAAAAAAAUGACUCGCAGAAUGUGGGUAGGCCUGCAUAUCUUGUAACUCCCCAGCCAUGUGCAUUAAAUGCACUGCAGGCAGGGGGUCAGCUCACUAAACACUUCUUUAUUAUUUAUUUGAUAAACUCCCAAAGAAGAUUAUAACAAUUUUAAAAAAUGAGACCGUCCCCUGCCCACAGACUUACAAUCUGAAGGACACAACACAAAAGGAAAGGGGAUUGGGAGGGAGGAGGGUGGAAAGCCAACUUUGAGCACUAUUUCAUAGAUUAAAAAAGAUCUUAUAGUGUGUUCUUUUUCAGAGUAGGGAGUGGCAAAGCAAGCUUUUUGCAGCUGCUUCUUCACUGGGCGAUGGAUGGAACCGAGCAGGUCUUCCCCUCAUGAAGAUGAUAUCCCUGGGAAGCAGAGGGAGCAGCUUCCUAAUAGCCCCGGGUCCCUUGGCGGAUGGUUGAGGGACAGCAAGAGCCUUCCUUCUGCUCUCCAGUCGUAGAGCACCUAGCAGUUAGCGCUGGGUGUUCUUUCUGACACUGAGAGCAGAAGCAGGCUCCCUGCAGUUGCUCCUUCACUGGCCAAUGGAUGGGGCCAUGCUGAUCUCCCCCUUGCCAAAAUCUGCUUCCUGGGAACCUUGACAGUUGAUAGUCAUGUGUGAUGAAGGUGAUUAUUGACCCAGGGCCACCAGGGCCAACUUAAGACGUUUUGCCGCUUGAGGCAAAACAGAAAAUGGCACCCCCUGCUGCUGCCUCAUACCUUUCCCUCCUCCUUCUCUGCCUGAGGUGUCUAGAGGCAGCCCGGGGAAGCUCUGACAUUCAGUGUUGACUUAAAUAAUGAGAUUGGUCCAAAUGCGAGUGUGCAUCAGGCCCUCCAGUCCCGUGGGUGGAGGCCAGUGUCUUUCCUUUUCCUAAGGAGCAAAGUUGUUGGGGAGGCUGCAAGCAUCAGGAGCUCUUGCGGCCCGAAAUGGGAAGCUUCAGUUUUGUGGGCAGCUUCUCAGUAUGGUGAGUGAGCAGAACUGCAUUUUGGAUCAUCAUCAUCUUGGGCAGUGAAUCAGGCUCAUUCAAGCUAGCCAAUGGACCCUCCUGGACAGGAAGGGCUAUAUGAGACUUCCUCUUUGGACUAAGACCAUGUGUGAUCCAAAAGGUCUUCCAGACUGUCUCCUGGGUUUGCCAGUCUCUGUAGACAGUAGUGAGCUAGAUGGACCAAUUGCCUGACCCUCAAUAUAAGGCAGUUUUCCUGUGCCCUGAGUAGCUUGCCUUGCCUUGCCCAAGCUAGCUUGCUGCCCUCAGGUGUGGUGGAGGAUAUUAUCCUAUGUGGAAGCAACGUUCAUUUGCCCCUCUGGUACAGAGUGGGGUGGUGUCAAUUUGCCCUUCAGCCCCAGUGACUGUUUGAUGAGGGUGUGCUUUGCCUGGUUUUAUUUCAGUCUUCCCAGGUCAUCAUCCAGUGUGAAUGUCAGUAAACACACGCAUUCAUAGACAUAUAUCCUGGAUUCUGGCAAGUUUGAGUCAGCAGCCCUAUUGAAACGACAGCUUACUAGAUACCUAUAUAUCUAUAUCUAUCUCUAUUUAAGUUCAGCAUGGUUCCACAACACCGAGUUUCUUCUGUGGGGGGAAGCAACACACCUGCAGUCGUCGAGAACCCACCAUGUCAAAGAUCUCUCUGCAGCACACAGAGAUGUCUGUUUCGUAAUUAUACCCUGUCUGUGACUGUUCUCCUGGGAGGAAUGUAAUGAGAGGAAAAGGAAACCAGAUCUCUGCAUUGAGCUGCUGAUAGAAAACCUGAAAAGAUUAAUAAUUGAGCAUCUAUUGUCCCCUUGUGUCGGAGGGCAAGGAAGAGCUGCAGUGGAUCACACGAGCAAGAUGUGCUGCUUUUAGGGAUUUGGGCUGCUUUGUCGUUUUUAAUCGCUGCAGCACCGUGUGGUUCUGCUCCUGCAGGGAUCAGGCCGCAAUUGUUCAGCACCCUUUUAGCUGCUUUAUGUACCACUGAUGUGGCUUCUGUGCUUUCUUUUCAUAAAUCCAGAUAAAUAAAAAAAUACAUCGGAAAAAAGAUCCCAAAGAUAAGAGCAUCAGAAGAGCCUUGCUAGAUAGCAUAAUCUAAUCCAGGACCCAGCAGCCUCUAAUGCAUUGCAGAAAGAGGAGGAACUGCAUCGCUUAAAAAAGAGAGCAGAGGGGACAGAUUUUGCAUAGAAUUUGCAUAUCCUGAUUUGUAAGUACUGAUAGGGAUGUAGGAAACUGACUUAUGCUGAGUCAGGCCACUGGUCCUUCUAGCUUAGUGUUGACUGGUGUCAGCAGAGGACACUCUCAGACCUACCUAUUGAACCUGGGACCUUCUGCAUGCAGGCAGAUGAUCUGCCACCAAGCUAAGACCCUUCGCCAAAUCUCUAAGUCAGGCAUAGGCAAACUCGGCCCACUGGUCCUGUUAGGGAUGAUGGGAGUUGUAGUCCCAAAACAUCUGGAGGGCCGAGUUUGCCUAUGCCUGCUCUAAAUGCAAAUCUCCAACAAUUUAAAUAGCCUUGCAAUGCAUCACAGCAUAGUGGGGAAGGCUAUGUUCAGGGGAUCUCUGUGCCUGCUCGCUCUGCUCUCCAGGUGCUGUUGAUGCUUCAGGGCCCCUCCUGCUGCUCUGCCUCCUUUUGGUUCUUUAUUUUAAAACUGGACUUCCACGACAGGACUGUUCCUCCAUAGAGUAGGAAACAUGACCACUCUAGAAGAGCAGCUUACAGAAGCCAAGGUAGCCACUCUGGGGUCCCACUCGCACCCCAGUCCUGGUGACUUUGACAAAGUGAAUUCUGUUUGGCCCCCUACCCCCAAUAAAAAAAAAUGGUGUUGAAUAUCAAGCUUGCCUCCAAGCGCCUGAGUUGUUAAAAAGUAUGCAUUUCUCCAGGUCAGCCAUGAGCCAGCAGGAAAAACAAAGGCCUCAUUCACACAAACAGCAGAUGUGACAUUAAAGCCGUUCCUGGACUGAAUGCUAGUGACGGCCCUGCCCUGUCAUCUUCAACUCUCUGAACUAAACUAUUCACCCUCCUGGUUGUUGGCCUGGCUCAAGCAUAUAGCAGAUGAGGUGGCAAAAGUUCAUUGCUGGCAGGGUGGGUGCAGGAUCACAUGGUUUGGAUGCUACCCCAUGAGCAGAAAAGGCUCUGCAUAUGGAAAAGCAGACUCUCAGUGAUCUGAAGAUGGCACAAUAGAAUUGCCAUUGUCUAUGAUGUGCACACUAAUUUUUGUUUCUGCCUUGGUAUCCUUUGUGAUGGCACAGGUGUUUUGAGCAUGGUAAAACCUCCAUAGCCCCACCUCCUUUGAAUAGCCCCACCCAUUCCUUGGCGAUGUGUGGCCAAAGCUGCCUUAGCUUGUUUGUGUGUGGGGGUAGAAAGAAAGAAAGAAAGAAAGAAAGAAAGAAAGAAAGUAAGUUACAUAUAGAUAAUGCAAAGCGGCUUCAUAAUGUACAUUCUAAUUACUAAUACCAAACUCAGGCACUGAGUUAUUAGCAGCUUUGCAUAGCCAAAACGAUGCUUCUGGGACACAAAAGGGAGAAUAGCAGCAUGUUCGAGGGAACCCAACUGUUUGCAGCCCAGUGAUACUGAGCAUACUUAGUAACCACAGAAUGCUGAAUUGUGGGGGUAAUGGAAAACAGGGGGAAUGAGAUGGAAUGGAGUAUCCUGAAAGUGGAUGUGUGGUUGGAUGACUGGCUGGAACAGAGAAACAGGAACAUGCCACACUGUGACAUCUUGUUGCUGGGUCUCCACUUGUCAUUUGAAACUGGAACCACAAUAAUCACUAGCAUUAUCUGCAGUUUCCCCCCCUUUUUUGGCUAUGGCAGAGAAGGCGAUUGGAUUUGGAGGAGACAGGGCAGUACAGCAGCAAUCAAAAGGAAAGAGGGGGGGAAUGAGGGGUUAUUUUGGCUGUGGCUGUAAGCACACUUACUUGAAAUCAGUGGAGGCUACUUUCAAGUCAGCUUGGCUCUGGGCUCUUGGUCUUUCAGUGUUACAACAGAGGAGACCAGCUGAUGCGGAGAGCCUAGAACCAGUUGUGGCUAACAUUAAGAUUUGCAAGUAAUUAACAACAACAACGCACGUAGUGUAUGGAUUUAUAGAGGCGCCAACAUCUAUUUACGGUCCUAUAUGUGUCUCUUUCCCAUUAUUAACUAGUUUACAGCACCGUUAUAAAAAAUGGGAGUGGGCAGAAACUUCACACGUCAAAGUUACCCCUGAAGCAACAUUUCCCUCGUUCUUUGCCCACUCUUCCGCCGCCCCCCCCCCCACUUUUUCUUCACAAUAUGCAGACUCUAAAGCUGGUUCAUUCAUAAAUUCUUUGUGCUUUUUAGUUCUAAUUGACACAAGGGGGACCUGCACUUCAGCAAAACGUUGCAGUAUUUUCUCAUCCCCUGACAAGGGCCUUCCUCUGAGAUACUGUAAGCUUUGAGGGUCCCUGUGUGCCACCUCUGGCUUCUCUUCAGAUCGUAUAAAAAUUUCGCCUGUGUGCCACCUCACAACAACACCGCCAAUCCCCAUGUUUCCCUGUCUUUCUUUUCCAGCGGAUGCAACGUCUAGUUCACAGAUGACAACAAAAUGACAGGAAUAAAACCAGUUACAAAAAUACAGCUACCUGUAGUCAAAAUACAUAGCAAAACAGCUCCAUUAAAACAUCUGUAAUUGAAAUAUAUAAUAAACACUCCCAUUAAAACAGCAUCAUGGUUAAAUUAGUUAUACCAUGUGAGGCCAUUGGCCCGUUUAGCUCAGUACUGUUUACCCUGACGGACAGCAGCUUCUUGCCUGAAAGAGCUUUUCACAGCUCUUCCUUGACAUGCUGGGCAUUGAACCCAAGAAGUUCUGCAUGCCAAGCAGGUGCUCAACCCCUGAGCUACAGCAUCUUUUAUGAUCUUAAAAGAUCUGUGUCCCUUAAGAAGCAAUGUCAAAAGGGACUUGAGGUUUACAGCCCAUUCCCUCCCUGCAAGAAGACAGAUUUUGAAGCCUCUACUCUUUCCUCAACAGGACAGGCACUGACCGUACCGUAAGCUCACUUGACACUCAUUUUAAUGACCCAGGGAGAAUCGGCUGGGAGCCAACAUUAAAACUUCCCUCUUUUCCCACAGCCCGUCAUUCUCUAAUCCCGAUCUUUCCUCGUUCUGGCAACCCAUUCAUGUCCCCCGGUAUUCCCACACACAUUACGUCGCCCUGAAUUCCGGACGUCCCCAGACGGCGGACAAAUCCCCUGUCCCCCGAGGUGUCCUGAUUAGAGGCAGGGUGGGGAGGCUCCUCGCGGCUGUAUUCUUUCGGUUAUAGAUUUCACUUAACGGUGAUAAAAUAUGGCUGUUUGGCAAAACAGCUGCUGCCGAGAUGUAAAUCAUCUGCUCCCACCUGCCAAAAAGAUCUCGGCCAACUUAAUUGUCAAGGCAGCUUCAAAUAAGUUGCAUUAACGUCAAGGCGGCUUGAUGGUUACGACUCCCUAGGCCAGGGGAGAAGCGCUGUGCUUUCGAGGGCAGCCUGCCCAGCACUGCCCGAGGAGGCGGUUUGUCACUGUGGCUUAGCUUGGCUCCUGCGUCUCCUAAAGUGGACAGUUUCUGAAAACUUUGCGGCGGGCACUGUAUCGUUGACGGUGGCGCUUGUCAAGGGGUGAGACGGCUCUGGAGCUGUCAGGUUUACUUGAAGCUGUUUCGCCAUGCUCCUUUGUCACUGCCAGCUGGAAGACACAAGCAGCUAGUUUGAACGGGAGCAGAGGAAGCUGCCAUAUACCCCAUCCAGAUGCCUUGGUCCAUCUAGGGCAGCACUGUCUACUCUGACUGGCAGCAGCUCCCUAAGAUUUCAGACUGGGAGUCUCCGAGAAUUUAGUCAGAGGAUGUUCCCAGCUGUACCUGAAGAUGCCAGGGAUUAAACCAGAGAUGUUCUGCAUGCAAAGCAGCAGUGGUAGACCUACAUUUUGGGGGGCUCUGUAGCUUGAACUCUCAUAGGGGCCCUUCACAACCAGAAAUGAGUUCUGGGUAUGCCCUGUUAUCUUCUUCAAUGGGGUUGUUCCAUGACAAAUCACCACACCUUUAAAACACAUGUGCUACUGACUUUGGGGUUGUUGAGAUAUAUACAACAACAAAAUCAUCAAUUUGAGCCGUAUGACUCAAAUUGGGUCUACUAGACUCCAAAAAAAUUAAGCAACGUGGCAUAAAGUUGCUUCUGGGGCCCCUCUGGAAUGAGGGGCCCUGAAACUUAAUGAGGAGCAUCCCAUUAGUCUCAGUGUAGAUCCACCCCUGCAAAUUAGAUGCUCUUCCACUGAGCAAUGGCUCCUCCCCUAAAGUGAACAGAGAAAACUGUAAGCAAAGUUAAAGACACAUUGCACUGUAGAGUGGGGUGCGGAGAAACAGAAAAAAUAUACUUUUGAUGCUGAUUGGUUUAUAUUUAUUGCUUUUAUUAACUGUUGCCUGGAGGAACCUAGGCUCCCUGUAACUCAUACAUCUUUUUGGCUUACUUAUUUAACUUAACAUGCUGCAAUUAUUUUCUUCCUUAUGCACAUCACAAAUGCAAUUUUACUUUGUACCUGGUGACCAGGACCUAAUAUUUGUUGUUUGUAUUGGUUCAUGCUAUUCUUAAAGUUAAUUAUAUUAUAUUUGAAAAGUUAACAGACACAUUUUGUCCACCUAGCUCAGUACUGCACUGCCUAUCCUGAUUGACAGUGGCUCUCUGGGGCUUCAGACAGGGGUCUCUCCCAAUCCCUGAGGCCAGGGAUUGAACCUGGGACCUUCUGCAUGCAGAACAGGUGCUCUACCACUGAGCCCCAGUCCCUUCCCUCUUUGUUUGCUUGUGAUGGCCAAACCAAAUCUAAGUAUAGGUUAAUUUCUAAGUGUUAAAAGUACUGGGCUUUACACUUAACCUGGAAAUUAGUCUGUUUGGCCAGCAUCUCCCAUUAAAAGGAUCAGGUAGCAGGUGAUGGGAAAGCCUCUUAUCUGCUUAGGUGUGUGGCAUCUCUGUAACACUCAAAGUUUUCAGCUCCCUUUAACCAUAGUACCUAUACUGAACUGCAGGGAUGAGGAGCAAUAUAUCUUUGGACACCAGAUGCCAAAAACUUGCAGUGAUGAAGAUCUGUUGCUUUCAUGUCCUGCUUGUGGACUUUUCACAAGAAUCUGCUUGGCCAAAGUUGGAAGCAGGGUCCUGCAGGAGAUGGUCCAUAGUUCUGAUACAGUGGGCACUGCUUGUAUUUUCAUGGAGGAGGCAAGAACACUUCUGAAUACCAGUUGCUGGAAAUGGCAGGAGGGAAGAGUGCUCUUGUGCUUGGGUCCUGCUUUUGGGUUUCCCAAAGGCAUCUGGUUCGCCACUGUGAAAACAGGAUGCUGGACUAGGUGGGCCAUUGGCCUGAUCCAGCAGGUUUUCCUUAUGGUUUCUUACACACCGUUCCCAAGAUGUCUCGCACCUAGGCUCAGCCUGAGCUACAGAACUAUGCCAUGCGUCUUCUGAACAUUAUUUUGACCCUCUCUCAUUCCUUUCCCCUUUCUCUUUUUUACACAGUGGUUCCUCUGGGAAGUCCAGGACCGAUCACACGGCACGAAUCUUACGACAGCUUAGCAUCCGACCACAGUGGGCAAGAAGAUGAAGAGUGGCUUUCUCAGGUAUAGAUAUUGCAGGUGGUGUGCAUGGUCCCAGAGCAAGGGCAAGGGACCUGUUGCCCUCUAGUCGCUGUCAGAUUUCAUUUCCCAUCAGGAAUAGGCAAUAGUCAGAGGUGAUGGGAGUUGAAGCCCAGCAACCUCAGGAGGGCCACAGAUGUCCCACCCUUCCUUUAGGUUGGCUACAUUGCUGGGAUGUUUGUGUGAUUAAAGUUGAGCCCAGAUUGGACCUGUCUGUUGGGUCCUCAGUGAAGUUCGAUAUCAGAUGGGUGCUCAUUGGAGGAACACCCACCAUAUUGCCUUUUGCCACACAAUCACAGAAUGCCCUCUGCAUUGCAGAGCUGGUGGAUCAGGAUCUUUGGGUGGAGCUCUAGGGGAUUUGGACUAGACCCACAAGUAGUGUGUAUCCUGCAGAAAAGUGUGCAUAAUAAUGCAUAUAUUUCUGAAAAUAAUGUUUUAAAUGGCACUGUUUUAAGAAACAUUUAUUUGCCAAAAAAAGGUAUAUAUUGGGCCAGCUUUCAUACAAUCCUGUGUAUAUUAGAAUAAAUUCGUGCAAAUGAAUUUUCAUGAGGAAUAUCUCAAACUAAUGUGGAAAUGUGAGGAACUGAAGACUGGAAAAAUCAGAAAUUGACAGGUUUGCCCAUCCCUAGGCUGUGUUGAUUUAGCUGCAGGUAUCCAACACCUAGGAGCUAAUAGCAACAGAGUGAAAAUCCCCAAGCAAAGAUUCAAAACAGCAAAACGGAGCCCACAUGCCUGCUUGUACUCCAGUGGGUCCUGUUCGUUGCUUUCUGGUGACUGCCAGUGUUUGCCACUUUUCAGACAUUCACCGAAUUCCUCAAGCACGCAUGCAAGUGCUGAUGGCCAACAAAUUCCGGACACCCACUGGAACAUGACUUAAAUUGUAAAGCAAAAAAACACACACACAAAAACCCAGCAGAAGUCUUUUGGGGCUGCUCAAGGGGUAAUCAGGAGUACUUUGGUUAUUUUUGUUAAGAGUGAUCUCGGAACACAAAAGGCGCGCACGAUCCCUGAGCCAGCCACUUUAGAUUAGAAGCCCCGCCGUGCGUGUGUCUUUUUCCAGACGAAAGUGUUGCCAUUCGCAGUAACAGCAUGCAGUGAAGAAACCCUGCCCUGCGCUUCCACUUCUCAAUUAGAAGAGUGGGUAAUGUGUGCUGUCAUUGGGAAGUACAUACAAUAUGUUUGUCCUGCACUCGGCGGGGGAGUGAAUGGGAACAUCUGGCUUGUACCCUUGGUGAAAUUGCAGAGGCAUCUGUUUACCUCUCGGGCUCUGCGGCGCUGAUGGUUUCGAGCUUAAAAUAUACAGAAUGCUUUAGUCGUGGCCUAAUUUACAUAGCGGCGCAAACGAGCUGCCUGCAUCAGGCAGACAGCCUGAGCUACCCCCACGAGAAGGGGAAAUGCGGAUUGAGAACGGAGCGGCCUGUGUGCUCGUCUUCCUAGGCUGGGAAAGAAUCGCCCAACAGCAAGACUGUGAUAAGGGGGGGGGGGGGAUACUUGUUAUAACAAUCACAAGUCACCUGGAGCAUUGAAAUUUGAGCAUCAGUAGAGACAAUGCAGCAGCCCAGGAAUCGUAUCUCUACAAAUAUGAAGCCAGCGUUGUGGGGAAUGAAAAUGACUUUGGAAGGCCACAUUCUGUGUCGAUUUAGAUUUGGGGGCCUUGUCUUUCUGCCUCCCCCAAGCAAAGCAGCUUUAUUCUUCUAUGAUGUUGGAACCUGUAGUCUUCAGAAGAUUCCUUUUACUUUUUUGCGUGCAAGAUGGUUAAACCCCCUUUUCCCCCCCUCUCCAUUUCACUUUGGUCUCUGAAUCUGAUGUUGCUGCUUUUCUGUCGUGGGGUUGUUUUUUGUAUGGCGGUGGCAUUAUUUUAACUUCACUUUAUAAUUUAUUUCUUUAUUGAACAAUUUAUCUGUUUUUAAUGCUGCCCUUCAUCAUCGAUUCUGUGGCAGUUUGUUUCCAACAGUCCAGAACGUAAUAAAAUACCAUUGAUGCUGUAAAGCUCAAAAAAAACCCAAAACAGUAAAGUAAUAAAGCAGUAGAAAAAAGCAGUGCAUGGAAGUGCUUAGAAAUACCUUUAAAAGACAUGGAGAAUUAAAUAAAUAAAUAAAGCUUCACCUGGCCUCUGAAGUAAAAGCAAUUCCCCAUUUAUGUGGAGGUUACCUUCUGAGGCACCGCGCGUUUAAGUGAAAUCAUGGAUAUUGGGAACACAAUUGAAAAAGCCUGAAAACACCCUCUAAACCUCCUUGCUUAAACUCCAGCUCUCCACAGGCCUCAAAGGUUGGCACAAGGGCUCCUGGGAUUGCACUUGCAAAGGCUCGUGGGAUUGGCAGAUGCAGCUUUUGCACCAUUUUUGCUGUUUUGCAUUCUUUUAGGGCCGCUUUUGCUCCUCUUUGUGCCACUUCCGGGUUCACAUCGGUGCUUGCAGUCACGGUUGUGCAUGCCUUGAACACACGUAAUUGAGGAGUUGCCUGUAUAACAAAAUUGUCUCCAAGCAGGAUUCCCUAAGGAAGGACUUCCACAGAUGGGGUGGAUCAGCAUAAAAUGCCCCUCUCCCUGGGCAGGGGCAUGUUGGAGAGAGUUUGGGCAGAUGACUGCUGCAUGUGGUCAAGUUCAUAGGAGAGCAAGUAAUCCCUUUAGGGCAGCCUCCUCAAACUUCUGACUGGGCAUUGCCCACAGCAAUCUCACUGAUCAUUGCAGUGUAUCCCUAAUAAUAAUUAUUAUAUGACUCUAAGAUUAUUGUAUGAUCUGAGAAGGUUGUAUAAUCUUAGAAGGGGACGCUGUUGUGAGGGGCAUGGCUAUGACUAUCUUGAAGUGACCCUGCACUUCUGAAUUUGACACUACACUAUUGAGGGGAGUGGGGUGUUUUCCUUUUUAGAUGAAAGCAGAUGACGGAACUAGAUGGUAUGUCAGACGCAAGGCAGCUGCUGAAAACAGCACCCCCCUGUUCUCCCUGAGUACAUAGAGGGUCCACUGAGCUCCUUUGGCUGUUGCAUCACAAGACUAUGUCAGACUGUUAAGAAAUCUGCCCUGCAGGAGCACUCAACACAGGGCUGCCAUUUUAUUGCAAUUCUUUCCAGAGAUCUUUAGGACACUCUGAAUCCAGCAAUUCAGUUAUUGCAUGGAGCAGUUGGGGGAUAUAGACAGAACCUCCUGAUAAAGACUACAGGACGUAGUUGCAUCACAGCCAUUAAGCACUGCUUUAACCCUGUUUGGAUGCUCCCCUUCUAGGUUGAAAUUGUGACUCACACUGGACCUCACCGGCGCCUGUGGAUGGGCCCACAGUUCCAGUUCAAGACCAUCCACCCCUCAGGCCAAACCACAGUCAUCUCAUCCAGCUCUUCAGUGCUUCAGUCACACGGCCCUAACGAUACCCCACAGCCUCUCCUGGACUUUGAUACGGAUGACCUGGAUCUCAACAGUCUCAGGUGAGAGAGAGAGAGACCGAGACAAAAACACUAUUCAUUUUGCAUUUCCUUGGUUGUUAUCCUUCUGGCCAUACACAGCCAGCUGCUUACUGACAAAAGUGAUUCUCUCGCAUAAAGUGUGGGCCAAAUCCCAUCAAGCCAGUCUGCUGAGGGCUGUGUUGGCAAUGGGUCUUUAACUGGCCCCAGUUGCCGAGUGAGGGGCGAAGUCCCCUCCAUUUGGGCACAACAGCUGAGCACAGUUGCUCAGUCACUUCCAUGCAGUGGUGGCUCAUGUUCCAUAAUAAUCAAAAUCAAAACAAUACUUUUAUUUAUAUGCUGCCCAUCUGACUGGGUUGCCACUCUGGGCGGCUCCCAACAAAAUGAUAAGAACACUAUAAAACAUCAACCGUUAAAAACUUCCCUGUGCAGGAUUGCCUUCUCGUAUCUUCUAAAAGUCAUAUAAUUGUUUAUCUGUUUGACAUCCGAUGGGAGGGUGUUCCACAGGGUGGGUGCCACGGCCAAGACAGCCCUCUGCCUGGUUCCCAGUAACUUCACUUCUCACAAUGAGGGAACCGGCAGAAGGCGCUCAUAGCUGGACCUCAGUGUCCGGGCUGAACAAUGAGGGCAGAGAUGUUCCUUCAGGUACACUGGUAAGAUGUAGGGAGCCCAACAAUGGAGCCAGAGCCAAUGAUUGGCUGAGCCAGAGCCAAUGACAGGAAGAGGCAACUAAUUCUAGUUUUACCCCAUGAUCUUUUCUGAUGAGUUCUACAAGGGGCAACAAUGAGACUGAGGAAACUGACGGUCAGUGCCACCUCCUUGACUGGUUCUAAGUAAGGGGACAGGGAGAUGGUGGCUGGCUGAGGGCAGACUGAGCUUGGUGGGGCCGUGCGCCAUUUCCCCCAUAUGGACCAGCCUCCGCUGCUCUGGUACUCAAGCUGAACUGAGGAAUGCCUUGAAUAACCUUCUCGUGUAUAAAACACAUAGUUUUUCAUUAUUUUGUUAUUACCGGGCACAGCUAAAUCAUAUGGUAGAAAUAUGCUCCUUUGCCAGCAGCGAUAACAUCCCAGGAUAACAAAGCAGAAGCGAAUGCUGGUUCACGGCUUCUGUUCUUUCUUAGAGUGACUCAUAACCUGAGUGGAGAAGAACAUCGCUUAUUUAGCCUCACUUGUACUCUCUGGUUUUCUCUACCCCAUUCUAAUGCAUUUGGAUUGAUAUGGAUAUAUAAAAUCGUAAAAGCAGGCAGGACGGAUCUGUUGAGAGUGUGCUGAAGGCAGACUUGGGCAGGAGCGGGAAGCAGACAGUUCAACUGAGCCGCUAGCACAAUCCAAUGGGAACAUCUCCUGCACAAAACAGAGAAAGGUUCCCCCCCCCAUAAUACCAGGACUCUGGGGCACCCAAGGAAGCUAGUUCCCAUUAAGAGGCAGUGAUGGCUACCAACGUGGAUGAUCUUAAAGGAGGAUUAGACUAAUUCAUUGAGGACAAGGCUAUCAAUGGCUGCCAGCCAUGAUGGCUAUGUUCUGCCCCCACUGUCGGACAGUAUGCCUCUGAAUGCCAGUGGCCGGGAAUCAUAAGUAGGGAGAGUGCCGUUGCACUCAGUUCCCAUGUUCAGGCUUCCCAUUAAGGUAUCUGGUUGGCCACUAAGAACAGGCUGCUGGAUUAGAAUGGCCACUGGCCUGAUCCUGCAGAUGCUUCUUAUGUUCUUCCAGAGAAUGGGAACUACACCAGAAUAGGAGCCAGGCAGUUUCAAUCCAUUUUGGAAAGGCUUAUACGGAAGGACUUCCUAAUGGAUUGUUCUGCAGGAUAAUUAGUCUGUGAAUGGUGCCAUAUUUCUUUCUUUGUUACAUUCAUACCCCACCUUCCCUCCCCUUUCAAGCCCUCCCCUUUCUCCUCACAACAACCCUGUGAGGUAGCUGAAGAUGAGAGACAGAGACAGACAGACAGACAGACAGACAGGGAAUGAAUGAAUGAAUGAUGUUCAGGCUCAUUCAAUUAGCUUUGUGACAUCCCCCCCGUCCUAGUUCCUCAAGGGCUGAGGAAUCUGGUGCCCUCCCAAGGCUGUUGAACUCCAAUUCACUUCCGCUCCAGCCAGCAUGGCUCAGGGUCAGAGAUUACGAGGGCUAUAUUCCAACAACACUUGGAGGGCCACAGGUUCCCCACCCCUGGCUCCAACCACAGCACCAGAAUGGCUCUCCAUAGGGUGUUUCCAUCCUGAGCAUGAAAGCAUCUUGAGCCUUCCCAGGUUGUACAAACAGACUUUCUGAGGGAAAAGUGCCUCUGUGUAUGAGCCAAGCUCUGCUGAGACACCACAGCUGUCCUCUGUGCAUCUGGGGCUACACAGUCCAGCUCUUUCGGGUAAUGGGUGCAACCACAGACAGACAGCACUUCUCUCUUUCUGACUUGAUGCACUUUUCUGACUUGCUACCCUUUCUGCAUUGCUAUCCUUUUUUCCUCAAUGAACCGGCAUUUACAUCUAGCCACCUGUUGCACUUUGCAUUGCAGGAUCCAGCCUGUUCGCUCUGAACCCGUUAGCAUGCCAGGGUCGUCACGUCCAACUUCUGAUCGCCGAGGAAUUUCUACAGUGGCUGAUGCUACCUCAGGUAGGGAACGUUCCUGUGAAUGGACAUGCAUGGUCUACUCAAGGGUGCCUGUAAUCAGUUGUGCGCUGACUUACUGCUCCUCAACCUUUCGUGGCUGUAGAGUGAACUUGGAAGAGUUGUUUCUCGCCCUCCGGGUGAUAAUAUUGUGA